UCCCACCGGUUCCAUUCCAUUAGCACAUUACCAACAUCCCUUCUACAGCCAGAGCUUGGCAGUUGUCCACAUGCAGUGUCCCAUCAUUGGUAGACGCGCAAUGUAAUUAUGUAACCUCGCUAUGUUAACUGAAUAUAUAAAAUAGUACAUAUAAUUCAUCUUGAUACGAUAUUCUUGGACAACGUGAUACGAUAUUCUUGGACAACUUGAUGAAAUUAUAUACGUUUGGACAAUUUGGUAAAACUUAAUAUUCUUGGACAUUUGGUAAAACAUAUUCUUGGACUACUUGAUGCAACAGUUGAAGAAAUAUUCCUGGAGAAAGUGAAAUAGUCUUGGUCAAACUGAUGAAAUAUUCCUCAACCAUCAUGUAAAAACACCCCAAAAAAGACAUAUUGUGAAAUAAACUGUUGUUGUUUGAAGACUUUUGAAUAUUUAUUUCUGAAUUAACGUGUGUAUGAAAGCAGACGACAUGAAGUUGACGAAGAGUUGUUUCGCGUGUGACCUGUCCAAGUCGGACUCGUUCAGGGACCGGGGCAUGGAGUUCGCCGAGAACACCGGCAUGAACGGGCUGCCGAACGCUGUUCGUGCCAGAAACAUCUUCAGGCGAUCGUUCUGGAUCGCCAUCGUCAUCGCGGGAUGGGGAAUGACGGUGUGGCAGGUGUCGGAGCUGGUUACCAAGUACUACAGCUACCCCGUCAACACCGACCUCACCCUCAUCUACAACUACAGCAUGCAGUUCCCCGCCGUCAGUUUCUGCAACAUCAACCCCAUCAGGCUAUCCUCGGUGUACCUCGACCAAAAUAUCAGUUCCUUGCUGAAGGUUGGAUUCACGACAGCGGACACCAGCCCUCCCUCUUCGUCACAGCCAGCGAACGUGACCACGUGGGAUGACAAGAUCGGCGCAGGUUACUACAUGGAGAAGAACGAGAUGGUGUCCACCGAACAGAACUUUCUGUCGUACUUCGCCGCGGCAGAUGCCUCUGUCAGAGAACGCAUGGGCCAUAACAUAACGUGGAUGCUUCUUGACUGUACAUUCGGAGAUUUUCGUUGUUCUCCGGGAAACUUCACUUAUUUUUCUAACGCCAAACACGGAAACUGCUACACAUUUAAUGCCGGCAAGCAGACUGAAAUAAGAACGACGAAGAAAACCGGACCAACAUAUGGUCUAACCCUGGAGCUGUACAUUGAACACGGUGAAUAUAUAGCCGACCUAUCGCCUGAUGCUGGUAUCAAACUGGUCAUUCACAACCAGAGUUACAUGCCCUUCCCGGAAGAUGACGGUUUUGUGGUGGCUCCAGGCACGAAGACAGCGAUAGGGUUAACUUUGGUGGACUUGAAACGAGCGCAGCCGCCAUACGGGAACUGCCAGGUGUACACAUCCGCGACUAACCACCUCGUCAACAUGUGGGCAGACGAACCAGGCCUAGAUAUUGGAUACUCUGACAGGGCCUGCUUCAAAACGUGCUUUCAGAACAACGUGAUCAGCCGGUGUGGCUGUUGUUACGCCUACUACCCGUGCAGCGCCCAGGACUCACUCAAAGACAGCAUCAACAGCAUUGGUGGGGUAGUGGCGCCCUGCAACGAGUCCAACACCAACACAAGCCAGUGCAUAGAACGUGUGACACUACUUUACACCAACAACGACCUGGGAUGUUCAGAAAUUUGCAAAACAAGCUGCGAUGAGGUUGUCUACAAUGCCGAGAUCUCCUCAUCUCUGUGGCCCUCUAACCCGUUUAUGGACUCUGUAUACGACAAGAUAUCUAAGAAGGACUGGGGCUUGUGGCAAGCAUUUAAAGGAUAUACUAAUGCAGCGAAAAAACAAUUCGUGAGGGAGAACGUCCUGAAAGUGGAAGUGUACUACAAAAAACUAAACUUUGAAACCAUUGCUCAACAGCCGUCAUAUGUGUUGUCCAACCUGCUGGCGGAUAUCGGCGGUCAGCUGGGAUUGUACCUCGGUCUCUCUGUCGUCACGCUGUUCGAGUUCAUCGAGCUGUUCGGUGACGUCGUCACCAUAUUCAUGCUCAAAGUCAGGCGUGGCUCGGAGAAAACUCACAAAAUCGCCACUACAAUCGAUAAGGAGUCCACGUUUUGACCUGUGAGAAAAGCGCAUAGCAAAAUAAAUAACAACCCAGAAUUGGCUUUUCUUUUUAACCAGUUUCCAGUACGCAGCACCGGAAAUGACGCAUCGUAAGGACUGACCAUGUGUAUAUGUACAUCGCAAGCUAUUCUCUUCAAUGGAUGAAGAGUUUCAAAGGAGAAAACAACAACCAACUAGAUUAGAAUAACCAUUGUCCGCUAGAAACGUUGUACUUAAUUACAAGUCACAAUGUUUAUAAUUUUAGAAAACAUAUUGUUAUAAAAAUUAUGAUUAAAAUUGUAAUAAUUAUGUUAAAUUUUUUUAAUCUGAUCAUAACUCUUUAUCAUAAUUUAAAAUUACGAUUAUAUGUAUUAAAAUCAUGAAUAGAUGUACUAAUGUUUGGUUUCCUUGACACAUUUGCCGUUUUACCUUUUUAAUUAGUUUUUUUCCCCUGUGUUAAUAUAUUUAAAAUAAAUGAGUUCAAUGAAUGUCAUAGUGUGUGAACCAGAUUUUGGACAAUAUUCGGAUGUUGUAUGUUCUGAAAGUUCAUGUUGAUAUCGUGGGGAUGAUUGGUCAUUUAGAACACGCGAACUGACCAAUGUCAUAUUUUUUGUUGUUUCCACA